AUGAGUUUAUCCGAAGAAGAUUCUUUCAAAGAUUUGCUCCUAAAAUAAUAAGAAAUAAUUGAUUAGCAAGACCUUUAGAUUCGAUUAAAAAACCAAGAAAUAAUCACUCUUUAUUAAUAAAUAUAGGAUUGUCAGAACAGAUUAGUUGAGACUUAGGAAAUGGUCUUGUAAAUAGCUACUCAGGUGGAUGACAUCAAAGAAUCAAACAUAGAAAAAUAGGAAAAGUAUAGAAAGGAAUUUCUAUCAUUUCCAAAAAGGCAAAAAGGAAAUAAAAAGUUCAUUAGCAUCGUUUGA